GCCUCUUUGCUUGCCAUCCGUGUUGACAAAGGGUUACAUAUUUAUUGUUAUAUCUCGCUCACUGUCGGUUGAGGACUCGGUCACUAGUAAGGUGGUACCCUGACAUCACUACGCUAAAACGCCUUGUGGGCCGAGAUGACUUCAACUCCUUGCCCGGACAGCACAUAAGUUCAGCCUUACGCGACCCCCUUCGACUGAACGCCGACUGGAAACCCUGCAGCUCUCCUGAGGUAUUUACAUAUCUUUAUCGCAUUACCUUCGCUCAAGACCGUGGCGCCGAAAAUAUUUCCUCGCAGUCGCUGGCGCGCUCCGCCGAGCUUCCCCGCUAGGCGCCAACUGCCCUCACGAUCUUUGCCCCUCCCUCGUUUCACCGCUCAGGACCGUGGAGCUAGACAAGGAAAGGUCUUUCGAUUCCUUCGUGCGCUCUUCGGGCCUACCACGAGCCGUCGUGCCCAAGCUCGUCUCUGGGGUUUCCGCCACGAGACAAUCCCUGCCCUUCGCCAUAGAGCCCAGGCAGGCCUAUACCGCGUGAUUCUUCGACGGCAAGCCAGGCUUCUCCAGAAACGACAGACUGGUAGACGGAGAGUGUUAGAUUUCCUUGUCGGGCGACGACGGCGGUUGAGAAGAUUGGACACUGGUGGUGGGAAGUCGGCGAGUGCGACAGAAGGAGUGCCAAUGUCACAGUUCUUAUCGUCGACAUCCUCAUGGGGCUCAGGGGGCGGUGCUAGUGGCGGACGUCGCCAGAAGGUCUACCAGUACCUGAGGGCGGCGAACGAACUACGUCAGACGUACGCCGCGCAAUGGUCGGCGCAGAUAAAUCCAUCCCGUGGAUACGAUGAAGAGUAUUUGAAGAACACGCCGGGGGCAUUUCCAGAUAUUGAAAUCGCACGGUCCGAAGAUGAGGAAAUGGUGAUUUUCCCGAGUUACGCAAGGCGACUUGUCAAAGACCACAACAGACAGCGUCGGGGAUCGACUUCGACGCUCGAUGAAUACCGCGGUGUGGCCGAGGAGACGGAGCUGGAGAAACUUGAAAGAGAGAUAUUGGAGGAUGAAAAUGCGAUCGUCGCGGUUGAUGUGCGAGGCUGGGUGUACUCACCUCAUCGCGGGCCGAUGAAUCGAAAGCAGCGCUUGUUGAUUGCACUUGCGAGGAAACUAAGCGGUGUACCGGCGCCGAGUAAUUAUUCGACUGAUACUGAAGGCCCCGAUUCCGACACCGCUUCUAUAGGAAAGGCAUCGGGUAAAAGGGAUGAUGAGCUUGUGGAUGCGGAGGCGCAAUCGAUCAUCAGAAAUGCAGAAGGAAGGGCGGAUGCUGCUUGGAAAUCUAGUGCCUCGGAACGAGAUGGCGAAGCUAUCCCUGGACGACCUCUACAUAGAACGACCACAUCAUUGACGCUCGAACCUUCUCAAAUGAGCAUGGAUGAGCUGUCUGUGGCAAAUGCUCACCUUAUGGAGAGACUCCGCCCUUUCUUGUCGAAUCCCAUGAACCAGCAGCCUGUCACUGUGUUCUUUUUCAAUGAUGGGAAGAGCCAGUCGAGAAGCGUAUUGACUGACGAGUCAGGCCACUUUACUUUACGUGCAGCGCUGCCGUUUAUCCCGACUCAUAUCCGUGUCCUAGCCUCGGAGGAACUCUCUGCUAUGAAACAGGUCGAGGUCAUCGAACCGAGCGGUGUCAGCCUCAUCAGUGAUAUAGACGACACAGUGAAACAUUCAGCUAUCGCAAGUGGAGCCAAAGAAAUAUUUCGGAAUACUUUUAUUCGUGAACUAGCCGAUCUAACUGUCGACGGAGUCUCGGAGUGGUAUACUAGUUUAGUUAAAAUGGGGGUUCAGAUACACUACGUCUCCAAUUCACCAUGGCAGCUUUAUCCGUUGUUAGAGCGCUACUUUAAACUGGCAGGAUUGCCUCCUGGUUCCUUUCACCUUAAACAAUACAGCGGCAUGCUUCAAGGGAUAUUCGAACCCACUGCAGAACGAAAGAAGGGCUCCCUUGAACAACUACUUCGGGACUUCCCGACACGCAGAUUCAUUCUAGUCGGUGACAGCGGCGAGGCAGACCUCGAAGUUUACACCGACGUUGCCCUGGCCAAUCCUGGAAGGAUCCUGGGAAUCUUUAUCCGCGACGUCACCACAUCAGAUCAAAAGCAGUUCUUUGAGAAGUCCAUCGACCACCUGGAGCCUCAUCCAUCUCGCACUCGCAGCACUCCCCAGCUGAUCGAUACCAGCGAUAUGGCAACUAAUCGGCCUACAUUACCUCCUCGCCGCCCUCGAGCACCAGAUCAUCGAUCUGCUGAUGCCAUAAGCCUAGAUAAUGCCGAUCUGAUCGACCUCCGCGACGAUGACGAUUUGAAAGAUACCCAGGCUGACACGUCCAAGCCACCGAACGGACGCCUACCACCAGCGAAACCAUCCAAGCCAUCAUCCCUACGUACCGUUUCCGCCAUGUCAGACCAGCCAGGAAAGGGCAGUUCAUCCCAGAUGCAGGAGGCCAUCAAACGGAAGCCAAUCCCACCCGUACCGCCGCGUCGUCCUUCAGAAGCCCCAACUCCACCAAACCCACUACCAAUCCGCUCCAAAACAUUCAACGAAACAGAUCCAAUCGAACCCCAAGAACUCGCGCGGUCCAAACAACCCCCUCCGCCACCCCCACCCCGCCGAAGCAACACGGGAGCAACAUCCUCAACAGCAACCUCGAACUCAAGCUCAAGCCGCCAACCAUCCCAAAAACAACCACAAUCAUACCCCGCAGCCGCUCUACAGUACGCCUCAGAGUAUCUUCCAUCUCCUUCCAACCUCCUCCGAUCUACAGCCACCAACCCCUCACCGGCCAGAUCAAGUACAAACAGUCUAGACAGCGACCAACAAUCAGUUGCCGGAUCUGCGCCUCCCGCGCCAUUGCCCAACAAGCGCGAAGAGCUCUGGCGGAGACGCUGGGAAAGAGCCCACGACAUCCUAACUGACAAGGGCGUGGUUCUGGGUAGCUGGCGAGUCGGCACAGAUAUCCAAGAUGUCACGGUGUGGUUGGUGCAGGAGGCGAUGAAAGAUGUUCCUCGCUCGGAUACGAAAGGAAACUAAACUUACGGAUAGAAUUGAAUAAAGGAUGAUGACUUAUAUGUAUAUAGCCGUAUUUGUGGAUAGCCCUUGGCCUCACGAUGUAUGUAUGUAUAUCCACCCUUUAUGACGGCAUUUUAGCCACAUACCGUGCAUAGAAUCUGCAUGUGCUGGAAUGAAUAUAUGAACAGCGAACUAAUA